AUGGCAGAUUCAAGUAUGGAAGUAAUUGUAGCAGAAGAACUUAUUGCCGAUUCCGACCUUAUUAAUGACGCCGACGAGCAGCCGGAUCUAAGAAACAUCAUUUUGGAGGAGUGGGAACUUAAAUCCACGGUGUAUGCCAUCUUGAUUAGUCACGGUGUCACACUGGAGUAUUUAAAAGUCCUGGACGAAAAAGCACUGAGCGACAUAUUUUCUGUUGUCAAAUGGACCGGACAUAAACAUGCCUUGCGCUCCAAGUUAGAACAGUGGAAAGAGAGUGUAUUGUACCGCCCGUUGCCCUCCACCACCAGCAAUCCGGCAAGCGAAACGUCCCCAGCCCACAAUGCAGUUCCGGGACCAUCCCAUAUGAACAAAUUACUCCAAACAACCGUCACAAACAAUGUACUGCUUGGCAUACUCGAGAGAAACGAAAAAGGCAAAAUUGUUUGUCAGUAUUACCAAGCACACCAACGGCUGGAUGUGGAGCAAAGACGAUCGUUGGCACACACCAUAGUCGACUACUACAUUGCCAACAACACAUAUUUUACACUGGCAGAUAUGGAACGUUUUGCCGACCUGAUUGCAGCUCGAUUUCCUCCGGAAAUAUCUGAGACCUACUACAAUCCCCGUGAUUCAGCCGCUGGCAAGAAGUACCCCUCUGGUCUAUUGUAUGAUCGAUUUCAUAACCGAAAGAAAACCGGUUCAAGGCGCCAGGUAGGCGAGAUCGACCCGUGGACACGUUACAAGGUGGAAGCAGUCAAGCUCACUGCUGAUGCUUCCACCCAUCCACCAGAAAUAAACCGCUUGACAUCGAUUAAAAACUGGCUACGAAACAACCUGGAACCAUUUGAUGAAAUUUUGCAGCGUUGGAACGACUCUCGGCUGCUGCGUGUAACAAGCAUCAUCAAAGAAGCUGAGAUCAACAAAUCAAACAUCCUUCAGGAGUGGCCACGUCUUGCAGAUCCGAAUGGAUAUUUGCUGAUUGAUGCUGACUACGGCUCUAUUUAUGAAAGCUCAAGGAACGCGUCGACGCUGUAUGACAACUGGGGCACAUUCCUGGUGAAGUUUCGGGAGUACGUAAGCAAGUGCAACAUCAAGGAUCAUCGUUCGCUUCAGCUGCUGGAUUACUUGGAGGAAGGUACGCUGGCCGAUGAUACAAAGAAUUUAAUUUACUGUUCCGUCUUCCAUGCUGUGAUAAAGCCUUCGCGAACAUCGUCAAGGAGAUUGCCCACCAUCUUGCAAGCACAGGAAGAAAAUUGCCGUGUUUGUGAUACGGAGCAAGACUACCAAUUGGAAAGAGACACGUUGAGACAAGAAUCUGAAUCAAACGGAUUACAAUUUUCUCCCAGAAUCUUCUUAGUCGGCAAACCUGAACAUCUGGACGCAUGCUAUGUAGUAACACAACGGUUGGAAUACAGACUACCAUCAUUUUUACGCUGCGUUGAUGUCGUCAUAAAGUUGAAACUAGUACUGCAGUUCAAUUUUCCCGAAAGCUGCGAAUUAUUCUACUGUUUCGUUGCCAAGUAUUUUUACAACGUGGACUGUGGACGUAAAACUAAGAACAGUCAGCUACUUGAGCUCAUAUCAUUCCUGGAAAAGGCAGAGCCAUGAACUGUUUCCUGUGUCAAGAAGUGCUUACAUCAUUCCCACGUUACCUGGAUCAUCUAACCGUCGGCCAUGGCACACCACCUGUAUUUACGUACAAAUGUACUGCUUGCAUACCAACCUUACUAUUUCGGGAUGUAUACCGUUUCAAACGCCACAUUUCCGGACAACAUCUGUGCCUUUUCCGAUCACCGAGACAGCCACUACAAGAAUCCACCAGAACUCCACUCAGACAGACCGUUGAAACGGAGGAUGACGGACAGCCGAACCUGCGCUCGGAAAAUGUUUCAACGGAUUCGGAAAAGGAAGAUAUAGAGAACCAGAGUAUGGGCGAAGAUGCUGUUUUAGAUUUGAAUGCUAGAUUA